AUAAUGUUGAACCUGUGCAAUAAAUGAUAGGAGUACAGACACAAAAAACAUUGGCUUUUUUUAAGAUUAAAAAAGGCAACCUUAAAAAAUAUUUCGAUUGUUCUUUGCAUGAUAACUAGUAUAACAUAUCGAUAUUUUUGCACAUUUUCCAUAAUUUUCGCCGUAAUUAUUAAUUAAACUGGAAAAUACUUAUAUUCUGAAGGAGUCCCAAACUCCGUGACCAGGAAGUACUUAGUUAUUAUUGCCUGUUUCACAGCGGUGUGGGUCUUUGUUUAUUAUUCCCGGCAGUUUCUUAUCAAGCAUCGUGAAUAUGGAAGACGAAUGGGAGGAGGAGGAGCAGUUGGUUGUGGUUGAGCUCUCUGGUAUAAUUAACUCAGAUUUUUUGACCAAGUGUCAGGGAACCUGCAAGAUACUGGACAUUGACAGUGAGCAGCCAAUGAUGCAGGUGGGAAGAUACGUGUUUGCGGGAGAGUAUGACGAUGCCUUGGGCACCUGUGUGCUCUUCGAGGAGGGACAGUCGAGUGGGGCAGACCCUGAAGCCAGUCCAGAGCUGAGCUAUAAGUGCCACACUGUUAAGAGACUGAUGAUGCAGAGAACCUUUCUUGCUGAGAAAAAGGAAGGAGACAACAGCUCAGGAGACUUUCAGUUUCAGCCACUGAGUGACGGAAUGUCCCCAGCCAGACUCGACUCACUCUCUCACUUCAUCCAGAACCCAAAGAGGAUCUCCAAGCCAGCAGGGGAAGGGGGAGCACACAUGAUGGGGCAGAAAACUGGGUAGAGGGGUCAGGCAGGACACUGUCAGCAACUCCAUUAAUUAGGUUUUACCUCUGAUUUGUAAUUAUAUUUUUGUACUGUGUAUGUUGUUGAAAUAAAUAUGACGCUUUCUAGA